CUGCACUGGAGCGGAAGCACCAAAACAAACCAGCUUCGCCAGUAGGAAGUAACUACAGUAGAGCUUCGUGUUCGUGUUCAAAACACUGUCAACGGAUCAACAACAAAAACAAGCAGCGCGAUGUGCUGAGCCUUGUCAUCGUAUUUUGGAGUCAGGGCUGUGGGACACCCCCGACCCUGACCCACGAGGCUGCAGGUUAAGAGAUCCAUUCCUGCCAUCGGGGGACUAGGAUCAAAACCUGACAGGAGGCCCACCAUCAAUGUGCUCCUAUUUGACCUCCAGAUCAAAACUGAAGGUGUGAGAGAGUGAGGAGAGGUGAGAUGGAGUCAGAGGAGACAGAAGGACGCACUUUAGUGCAGGUGAUCAGUGAGAAGUACAGCCCAGAAAACUUCCCAUACUGCCGUGGGCCAGGAGUUGGAGUGGUGAUCCGGUCGAGUCCCCAGGGUUCACCUGUCAAAGAUCGUCUGAAUCUGCCCAGCAUCCUGGUUCUGGAUAGUUGUGGAAUCACAGAGGCUGGAGAUGAAGAGGAGGUGGCCACUUUCUGUGCUCACGUGGUUGAGUUAGACCUCUCUCACAACCAGUUAAAAGAUUGGGGAGAGAUAAGUAAGAUCCUGUCUAACAUCCCUAACCUAGACUUUCUCAAUCUGAGUAUGAAUCCACUGAGAGGGUUGAGCCUUGAGCCUGGAGCUGCUGAGUCGUUCUCAGGCCUCCGUUGCCUUGUGCUCAAUAACACGCAUGUCACCUGGGACGUGGUGCACACACUCACACGAGAGAUCCUAGAGCUGGAGCAAUUGUUUUUGUGUCUAAAUGAGUACGAGAGCGUGAGUGUAUCAUCUAUACCGUGCCCGUCCCUGCGCCUGCUGCAUAUCACAGAUAACCACCUGCAGGACUGGGCGGAGGUUCGUAAGUUGGGCCUUAUAUAUCCAGGCCUGGUGUCUCUUAUUCUGGCAAACAACUCCAUCUCAUCUAUCCACGAGCCCGAGGACUCUCUACAGAGACUCUUCCCCAACUUGCGCAGCAUCAACUUACACAACUCAGGUCUAUGCUGCUGGGAGGACAUUGAGAAAUUGAAUUUCUUCCCAAACCUCCAAGAGGUUAGAUUGAUGGGUAUUCCUUUACUGCAGCCCUACACUGAUCAGGAGAGACGUUAUCUUAUGGUAGCACAGUUGCCUCGUGUGACUGUAUUGAACGGCAGUGUUGUCACUGAUGGAGAAAGAGAAGAUGCAGAACGCUUUUUCAUCCGCUACCACCUGGACUGCCCCGAGGAUGAGCUACCACAGAGGUACCACACUUUGGUAGCACGCUAUGGCCGCCUAGCCCCGCUUGCAGAGGUGGACUUGCGCCCUCUCUGUCAUGUCCAGGUCGAGGUGCGUUUUGGGGACCAGACAGAGCCCCUAGAGCUCAGAUUGGAUCAGACCGUGGCAGACCUAAAGAAGCACUUGAGAGCCGUGGUCCAGCUACCCCCCAAAAAGAUACGUGUGUACUAUAUCGACCGGCAGCUUGGCUACGCACUAGAGCCUCAGGAAAUGAAAUAUGGAGCACGAGCACUUCAUUCCUACAGUAUACGAGAUGGAGAUGAAAUCUUGGUGGUGCCCAAGACAAAGUGACAGAAAAGAGAAAAACUGAGCACUCUUUGGAAAAAGUAGUUGUUUCCAGAAUUAUUGGAAUACCUUACCUUAACAAUCUUCCAAUACAGGCAAUGUGAAUGCUGUGAACAGUGCAAAGAUCAGUAUGCUUUAUGUAGAGGACAGAGAAAAACUGCCAGUCUGGUUUUCCAGAAUCUUCAGUCCUAUUUAAAAAUGAUCCUUAUUAACAGAUGUUGGAUCAGAAUUUUAAAAACCGCUUUUAACUUUCACUGCUCUGUGGAUGUAUGUAUACAAGAAAAAAAAAUGUAAACUUAACCUUUUGUUUCUUGUUGUGUGUUUAUGAGACUGAUUCUCAAGAAUUACUGCAUGCAUGCCUCUUUUCUAAAGAAUAUUUGACCAAUUGUCAAAGGUGCAGUAUGGAAUAUUUGGCCCCCUAGCAACUAAGGAGUAAAAUUUCAAGUUACUUGUGAAGGAACAUUAUUCUGGUAAUUAUGUGAUAUGGGCUUCGGUUUAGCUCUUCCUUAUGGAUGAAUAUGAUAGUUUAAGGUAUAUCAGUGUAACUAUGGAUAUGGGCAGUCCUUUCGUAAGAGCAAACGUCAUUAGUAAUGUCAAAACUCACCCCCUCCUAAAAGAAAGAAGAAGUUAGAAGACAAAUAUUCAUUAAUAAUGUCUUUUGAGCAGGUAAUAGUCUUCCACUGUAGUUGAAAGUGAUUGCUUAUAUGAUCCCUCAUAUCGUUUAAUUUUUGAAUGAUCCAUUGUAUUUAUAAUGUUCCUCAGUAGAUAAGGCUACGAGCUAUCAGAAUCAUACAUGCACUGUAAUAGCCCAAAAUUGUUCUCCUUAUUUACAGACAUCACCAAAGAGGAAUUAUAUGAAUGUAGCGAAAAAAUGGCAAAAUGCAGAAAUGCAAAAAUUUAGAUGCAGAUUGUGAAUGCUUAGAGACGGGGAGACACACUUUAGGUCUUAUCUCUGCCACUUCUUUGGUUCUUGAAUUACAACAGGGUCACGUGCAACCCUGAAGCUCUCUAAGGUUUAAACACUUUACAUUCAAAAAUGCAGCUCCCCCUAUUAUGGCCACAGACCGACUGCAAUCCCCUAGUCUCCUCUCUCACUAGUGGAAAGAGUCCUUGGAAUAUAGGUGCCAAACUCUCAUUGAUGUUUAAAACAGAUCGUGUGCUGUUGGGUUAUGAACUUGCAAUUGAUUAUUUUCAUACACAUGUUACAGAAAAGGAGAACCUAAGCGGACCAAUAAUAAAGAGAAUUAAGCCA